UUCGUCCCAUUAUGCAAAAACUCUGAGUGAAUUUCUGUAUAUAUUUUACUCAUAAGAUGGAGUGAAGCAGAAAAUUAUCUUUGAAAUAAGCUUCUUUGUAGGAACAAGGCUCUCCCACAGCCUCUGCAACUGUGUUUUUAAGGUGACAAACAUGUCGAACGGUCGCAAAAUGAAGGGGACACUGGUUUUGAUGACGAAGAAUGUGUUGAACUUCAAUCACAAAGUUACAAAAGCUGAUGCCAUCUGCACCUCUAAGAUUGAGAUGCGAUUGCUCGGUGCUGCUGGUAAGGAUUCAAAGAAAGCCUUGUGGGAGAAACAUCCUGCUUCGCCAUCAAACUCGGGACAUGGAGAAGAUUCAUUCAGUGUUACUUUUGAAUUGGAUAAGAAUUUUAAAACUCCAGAAGCAUUUUCCAUCAAAAACUCAAUGCAAUCUGAGUUUUUCCUUGUCAGUCUCACCCUUGAAGGCAAUUCAAAUGACGGAACCAUUCACUUUGUUUGCAAUUCAUGGAUUUACAGAGCUCAAGAAAAACGUACUUUCUUUGUCAACAAGGCGUAUCUUCCGGAUAAAACUCCAAAAUUUUUGGUAGAGCACAGAAAAAAGGAAUUGAAAAGUCUGAGAGGAGAUGGAAAAGGAACACGCAAAGAACAUGAUAGGAUCUAUGAUUAUGAUGUGUAUAAUGAUUUGGGCAACCCAGACACGAGAGCAGAUCUUGUUCGUCCUGUUCUUGGAGGUUCUAGUGCCUAUCCUUACCCUCGCAGAGGAAGAACAGGCAGAAAAGCAACAAAUACAGACAAGAACAGUGAGACACCAAGCAGCCACACUUACAUUCCGAGAGAUGAAAAUUUUGGUCACUUGAAGUCGUCAGACUUCCUUAUAUAUGGAAUAAAGCUCUUUUCAGAGAAUGUCACUACUCAGUUUAAGUCUGAUUCUGGUUUAAGGAAUGAGUUUGAUAAGUUUGAUGACAUUCAUGAACUCUUUGAAAGAGGACUACCUCAUAAUCUUCCAGAAGACGUAGUCAGAAACAUUAAGGAAAUCUCCCCCAUUAUUGGUGAACGGUUCCUUAAGUUUCCAACACCUGAUGUCAUCAGAGUUAGUAAGUCUGCAUGGAUGACUGAUGAUGAAUUUGGAAGAGAGAUGCUUGCUGGAGUUAAUCCUUGCGUAAUUCAACGCCUUCAAGAGUUCCCUCCAAAGAGUAAGCUAGAUGCUUCUAAGUAUGGUGAUCAAACUAGCACAAUCACCAGAGAACAUUUGAAGAAAAACCUUGGUAACGUUGAAGAGGCACUGAAUGAUAACAAAUUGUUCAUAUUAGAUUACCAUGAUGCAUUCUUACCAUAUCUGAAGAAGAUCAAUGAAUUGCCCACCACAAAGUCUUACGCCACAAGGACAAUAUUCCUUUUCUUGAAAGAUGAUGGCACAUUGAAGCCUUUGGCUAUUGAAUUAAGUCUACCAAAUCCUGAGGGAGAUAGGUUUGGUGCUCAUAGUACAGUCAUCUUGCCUGAAAAACAAGGCGUUAAAGGCACAAUUUGGCAAUUGGCCAAGGCUUAUGUUCUGGUAAACGACUCCAGUUAUCAUCAACUCGUGACCCACUGGUUAAAUACUCACGCCAUAAUCGAGCCAUUUGUCAUAGCAACAAAUAGAAAUCUCAGUGUGCUCCACCCUAUUCAUAAACUUCUAUCACCACACUAUCGUGGCACCAUGAAUGUUAACGGAAUUGCUCGACAAUCACUCUUCAACGCAGGUGGCAUUAUUGAGCAAUCUUUUAUGCCUGGUCCUCACGCUUUGGAAAUAUCUUCAGCAGCUUACAAGAAUUGGGUUUUCACUGAUCAAGCCCUUCCUAAUGAUCUUGUCAAGAGAGGAAUGGCGAUUAAGGAUCCAUCUGCCCCACAUGGACUUCGUCUUGUGAUAGAAGACUACCCUUAUGCUGUUGAUGGACUAGAGAUUUGGAGUGCUAUAGAGAGAUGGGUUAAGGACUAUGUCGACUUGUAUUAUUUCAAAGACAGUGAUGUUAAUAACGACACUGAACUCGGAGACUGGUGGAAGGAAGUUGUUAAGAAGGGUCACGGUGACUUAAAAGAUAAGCCAUGGUGGCCUAAGUUGAAAACUCUUCAAGAUCUGUAUCAAAUUUGCAGUAUUAUCAUAUGGACUGCUUCAGGUCUGCAUGCAGCUGUUAAUUUCGGACAAUAUCCUUAUGGUGGAUUUAUCCUCAACCGUCCAACUCUUAGCAGAAGAUUGAUCCCGGAAAAAGGAAAAGCAGAAGGAUUAGAAUAUGAUGAGAUGGAGAAGAAUCCUGAAAAGGCUUAUUUGAGAACAUUUACACCUAAGUACGAGACUCUUAUGCACCUUUCAGUGAUAGAGAUAUUGUCAAGACAUGCUUCUGAUGAGGUGUACCUUGGACAGAGGGACAAUCCAAAUUGGAUUGAUGACAAAAAGGCUCUUCGAGCUUUUGAAAAGUUUGGAGAAAAGCUGAAGGAAAUUGAAGAUAAAAUCAUGGAGAGGAACAAAGAUUCAAGGCUUAGAAACCGUGUUGGAUCGGUUCAGAUGCCUUACACUUUGCUUGUUCCUAGCUGUGAAGAUGAAGGUCUCACUUUCAGAGGAAUUCCCAACAGUAUCUCUAUCUUUGGAAUAAAAUCUCUGAAUGUUGGGAACUUGGAUUUUUACUUGGACUUGCACAAGCUUAGGCCUUCUUCAAUCAACUUUCCAAAAGCAAGAAAUAGCAUAAAAAUGUUUUCAGGGAUUCAAGGACUGUUGAACAGAAGCAAGAAGUUGAAGGGAACUGUGGUGUUGAUGCAUAAGAAUGUGCUGGAUAUCAACGCCAUUAAGUCAGCUAAAAGCGCCGCCGGUAUCCUCCGCGGCGCCGCCGGUGUCGUCAGUGAUCUGGUGGGAAACUCAGUCGACACUCUCACUUGCUGUGUGGGACGAUCUGUGGCUCUCUGGUUGAUCAGCGCCACCGCUGCCGAUGGAAAUGGACAUGGAAAAGUGGGAAAGAAGACAUAUCUGGAAGGAAUUAUUACCUCGAUACCAACUUUGGGAGCUGGCCAAUGUGCAUUUGAUAUUCAUUUUGAAUGGGACAGUGACAUGGGAAUUCCUGGAGCCUUUUUAAUACAAAAUCAUAUGCAACUUGAGUUCUUCCUAGUCAGUUUAACUCUUGAAGAUAUUCCUAAUCAUGGAACCAUGCACUUUUCUUGUAACUCUUGGCUUUACAACUAUAAAAAUUACGAAAAGGAUCGUAUUUUCUUUGCCAACGAGACAUAUAUUCCAAGUGAAACACCAGGACCACUAGUGAGUUACAGAGAGGCAGAAUUGCAGACUCUAAGAGGAAAUGGAACAGGAAAACGUAAGGAAUGUGACAGAAUUUAUGAUUACGAUGUUUACAAUGAUUUGGGCAAACCCGACAGCAGUGAAAACCUUGCUCGCCCAGUUCUUGGAGGAUCUGUCACUUAUCCCUACCCUCGAAGAGGAAGAACUGGUAGAAAACCUACCAAAAAAGAUCCCAACAGUGAGAAACUGAGCGAUAAUUUUUACGUUCCGAGAGAUGAAAAUUUCGGUCAUUUGAAGUCAUCUGAUUUCCUUACUUAUGGGGUAAAAGCUGUAUCUCGAAACUUCUUGCCACUGCUCAGAUCUUCAUUUGAUCUGAAUUUCACACCAAAUGAGUUUGAUAGCUUCGAAGAUGUACGUCAACUAUGUGAAGGUGGAAUUAAACUGCAUACAGAUCUACUCUGCAAAAUUAGCCCUUUACCUGUGCUCAAAGAAAUCUUUCGCACAGAUGGUGAAAACGUCCUCCAGUUUUCAGUGCCUCAUGUAAUCAGAGUUAGUAAAUCUGCAUGGAUGACCGAUGAAGAAUUUGCAAGAGAGAUGAUUGCAGGUGUAAAUCCUUGCUUGAUUACCCGUCUAAAAGAGUUUCCACCUCAAAGCAAGUUGGAUCCCUCCAUCUAUGGUGAUCAAUCCAGUAAAAUAACUAAGCAACACUUGGAGAUUAACCUUGAAGGGUUCACAGUAGAUAAGGCAAUUGAAGGCAAGAGACUGUUCAUAUUAGAUCACCAUGAUGUGUUUAUGCCGUUUUUGACAAGGCUAAACGAAUUAAAAAAUACAAAGGCUUAUGCCACGAGGACAAUCCUUUUCUUGAAAGAUGAUGGGACCUUAAAGCCAUUGGUCAUCGAAUUAAGUUUGCCAAAUUCAGUUGAACAACGACGUGGUUCCAUCAGUAAAGUGAUAUUGCCCGCAAAACUUGGAGUUGAAAGUACAAUUUGGCUGUUAGCCAAGGCUCAUGUUAUUGUGAAUGAUUCCUGCUAUCAUCAGCUCAUAAGCCACUGGUUGAAUACUCAUGCUGUAAUCGAACCCUUUGUCAUAUCAACAAACAGAAAUCUCAGUGUUCUUCAUCCUAUUUAUAAACUUCUAUUUCCUCAUUAUCGUGACACAAUGAAUAUCAAUGCACUUGCUCGGGAAUCACUAAUCAAUGCCGAUGGCGUUAUAGAGCAAUCCUUUUUGGGUGGAAAGUAUGCAGUGGAGAUAUCUUCGGCAGCUUACAAAAAUUGGGUGUUUCCUGAGCAAGCCUUACCUACUGAUCUUAUAAAGAGAGGCAUGGCUAUUAAGGAUUCAUCUUCUCGAAAUGGUCUUAGUCUUGUGAUAAAGGACUACCCGUAUGCUGUUGAUGGAUUAGAGAUAUGGAACGCUAUCGAGACAUGGGUCCGUGAAUAUGUCUUGUUGUAUUAUGUUACAGAUGAUGCGGUUAAAAAGGAUAUUGAACUUCAAGCUUGGUGGAAAGAAGUUGUUGAAAAGGGUCACGGUGACUUAAAAGAUAAGCCAUGGUGGCCUAAAUUACACAGUCGUGAAGAGCUGAUUCGAUCUUGUAGUACCAUCAUAUGGAUUGCUUCAGCUUUUCAUGCAGCAGUUAAUUUUGGACAAUAUCCUUAUGGUGGCUUUAUCCUGAAUCGUCCAACUCUAAGCAGAAGAUUGAUUCCAGAAAAGGGAACUCCAGAAUAUGAAGAGAUGACAAAGAAUCCUCAAAAGGCUUAUUUGAGAACGAUUACACCAAAGUAUCAGGCUCUUGUUGACCUUUCAGUGAUAGAGAUAUUAUCAAGACAUGCUUCUGAUGAGGUGUACCUUGGACAGAGGGACAAUCCAAAUUGGACCUCCGAUUCAAGGGCUAUAGAAGCCUUUAAAAAGUUUGGAAAAAGGCUAAAAGAGAUUGAGACAAAAAUCUCAGAAAGGAAUCAUGAUCCAAAUCUUAAAAAUCGAACUGGACCAGCUGAAUUGCCUUACACUUUGCUUCUUCCUACUAGUGAAACGGGGUUGACUUUUAGAGGAAUUCCCAACAGCAUCUCUAUCUGAAUUUAGGUUGUUUUUAACUUAAUAUAGUGUUAUAAUGUCUCUCUGUGUGUAUUCUUGUAUUGUGCUUAACUUUUUCAGAAGGUUUGUUAUGUUAUGAUUUGUUGUUAG